UAUGGAUGCACUUUCAAAUUUCGAACAAGCUCUUUAAAUUAAAAAUAAUGCUCUUAGAUUUAAAUUUAAAGGUAAAUUUUAUGUAGUUGAAUUAAGUGGAUUCACUAUUUGAAUUACGCAGAAAAUAAGAAGCGAAAUACUUUUAUUUGGCUGCAUAAGGACUGGGAUUGGGUCAGAAUGCUUAUAUUCAAAGUUAAUUGUCAAAAUUAUGA